ACUGCGCUGGUUUUUAUGCUGCUCAAUAAAUCCGUCUUCAUCCAUUGGCAUUUCAGGGAGGACUCUGGUUUGCUUGUGCGCACUGACACACAAUCUUGUUUUUUAUUUAAGCUGAUAAAAGUUGUUUUCUUAGGGAAUCUAUUUGUGAAAUAACACGUUUUUUGGGGUAUUUAAACGCACUUAAACAGAAAGUAAUUGCACUCAAAAUGUUUUUUUUUGUGUGCAUAUGUCAGGAUUUGUGGUUUAAUUGGGCAGUUGUGUUCUUCAUCUCAGCAUUAAAACACAAGUGGAGCAGGUGUAAUUCCCCAUGGAGAGACGUGUGCAUGGUUAUCAGGCGAUAAGAGCCUUGUUUUUCAAUUUGGAGGAAUUAUUCUUCACCGCCUGCGAACGAAUAUUUGUCACUCCGAAUUCAUUUUUCAUCAAACAUGUGGGUGCGUUUCGUUUUGAUUGCUUCCCCCUCUGUAGAUCUCUCACUCUCACACAUUCACAAGCCCGCAGCAUGUGCCGGCUCCACAGAUACCUGUUAGUAAAGGUCAACCGGCAAUUAUUUGUAGGGAUUUCAGGGUUUUUUACAGAAAUUAUCAGUCAUGAAUUGUUUUUAUGCAAUCAGACCAGUUUUAUGUGAGCUAUUUCUGUUUCUUUCAAUUCUUUUCAUUAAAUUCAGUCUACAUUGUUGCCCAAGAUCCCUGCACUUACUGUAAUCACUAGGUGUUGCCAAAUCACCCGGAAGUGCAACGCUAACGACCAAAAAUUAUAAUUAUAGGCUAACUUAAUAAAAAGUCCAUUUUCUUUUUAUGAGGGGGAGCUUCGUUGAUCCGAUAUUACUCAUACAAUUGUAAAAACAUCAUUAGAGGAACGAAAAGCCACAAAAUCUGACUCUCUCAGACCAAAUUUGGGCUUUAAUAAUAUAAAUAUAAUAUAUAAUAAUAUCACCAAUAGAUAUGGCAGACGUUCCCACAGCCAUUGAGUCAAAUGCACAAUGUGAAAAAUGAACACAGCGUAUCAGAGGCCAAUGAUCACUCGCAAGUUAUUAAUGCGAUAUGUAUUUCUCUUAACGCUACAACUGGCUAACAAACUCAAUCAGUGAUUAUUCUGAUAAUCUGAUUGUUGUUUUAUUGUCUAAAACUGAAGUGAAAACCUCUCAGGGGUUUUGAUUUACAUAACAGAAAAUUUGAUGAUCCCUUUGGUUACAUUCGUGAUUAUACAAUCUAACAUUUGCAAUGAUUAUUUAUCGAUAUCAUCAAGAAUUAAAGCUAAAUAAAUGAAUAAUGAAUUUAAGGAAAUACAUGAUUAUCUAAUGUAUUUAAUGAGUGAAACAUUCUGAUUAAUAAAAGGAUAAAGUGAAACCCUUGCUAACCCACGUCAUCAACUGCUACUUGUACCCGACCCCUUAUCCCCACAGCCGUCAUUAGCACAAGGUGGACUGACCCAAGUGAGCCCACAUGUGCCAGUCCCACGUCAGGUAAAUUAUGAAAGCAAGAACUGGACCGCUGCCCGACUGUGGGCCAGCUGCUGUCACUGCAGGGGAAGAGUGAGUGAUCCUGCCACAGUGUCAGAGCUGUUUGUUCCCAGGAUCGAUUAAAUAAACAUUUGUCUUUGGCAGCGAGGUGCCCUCGUCGUUCAUUCGCUCAGGCUCACCAUUUUGAAUGUAUGCAUGGUCGGGGGGGAGGCAUGCAUACUCACAUGUGCACACGCCCGUCCUGGCUGACUUGGGGUCAGUGUCGCACGGGGAGGGGAAUGUAUUGCCUGGUCAGAGUAACGAGCAAGAAAAGACCAGAAGACCUAAUGAGUCCUACAAUAAUUUUCUCGUAAGUAAACAUUGGGGUGAGUUUUCCAGUCACCCACACCUGGAUGUUUUUGUGAAAGUAGAUAUUGUCUUUGGAUCAAAACCAACGCAGAUCCAUCUCGGUCUACAACCAUCUCCUUCCAGCUGGGAUGUGAUAAUUGUGGUUCCUAAUCCUCAGUCGUCCAAAAACCCAGAGCCCUAUACCCAAGAUUUCAAAUACCCAGAACCCCUUGCUUAUCCUGAAACUUAACACAUGAAGCCCUGAACCCUUCUUCUCACCACCCUGUGAAUUAAAAUCAACGCCCAACCCAAAACCCAAUAACAGCUACCGUCUGUGAACUCCUCUCAGAUCACACUCUACCUGUCAACUUUUUUAGAUUUCCCAAAACCUUGUCAGCCAUCAUGGCCUUGGAUCAGUGGCCCUUCCUCUCGACCCCCCCGAACACCUCCAUCCCCGAGCCCCUCCUGUAUGACAGCUACAUCCAAGGGAAUGAGUCUGACCUGGACAUGAACAUCUCAGGGACCAGAGAGCGUCACCAGGACAAGACCAGCUCCGUGGUCAUCACCUUCAUCUACUUCAUGGUGUGCUCCGUGGGGCUCUGUGGCAACGCCCUGGUCAUCUAUGUAAUCCUGCGAUAUGCCAAAAUGAAGACGGUGACCAACAUCUACAUCCUGAACCUGGCAGUCGCAGAUGUUUUGUGCAUGAUGAGCUUGCCGUUCAUCGCCCUGCAGCUCGCGCUGGUGCACUGGCCCUUUGGAGAGGCUCUUUGCAGAGUGAUCAUGACUGUAGACUCUCUCAAUCAGUUCACCAGCAUCUUCUGUCUGAUGGUGAUGAGCAUCGAUCGAUACUUGGCUGUGGUCCACCCCAUUAAAUCUACGAAAUGGCGGAAGCCCCGUGUAGCCAAGCUAAUUAACCUGACAGUGUGGGUUGUGUCGCUGCUGGUCAUUCUGCCAACUAUGAUCUUCAGUGGUCUGGACAAGGUGCCGGUGUGUGGCAUCGUGUGGCCGGAGCCCCAGGACAUCUAUUACACAGCCUUCAUAUUCUACACCUUCUUCAUAGGUUUCUUCUUGCCCCUCGCAGUCAUAUGUAUGUGCUACCUGCUCAUUAUAAUCAAGGUGAAGUCGUCUGGCAUGAGAGUGGGCUCCACCAAGCGCAAGCGCUCAGAGCGGAAGGUGACAAGGAUGGUGUCCAUUGUGGUGGCGGUGUUCGUGCUCUGCUGGCUGCCUUUCUACAUUUUCAACGUCACCUCCGUCACCGGCUCCAUCAGCCCCACCUCCGCCGUGAAGAGCACCUUCGACUUCGUGGUGGUCCUCGGCUACGCUAACAGCUGCGCCAACCCCAUCCUGUAUGCCUUCCUGUCGGACAACUUCAAGAAGAGCUUUCAGAAGGUGCUGUGUCUGAAGAAGGUGACGGGCCUGGACGAGAUCGAGCGCAGUGACAGCCGGGCGGACAGGAGCCGGAUGGUCAUCGAUGCCGUGAACAACGCCAACCUGGAGACUCACAAUGCCGCCCUGCUCCAUUCCGAGCUGCAGACCAGCAUCUGAGGAUCAAAUGGUGGCAGUCACGUCGAGGGAGGCCAGAGAGACUGAGCGGUGGUGCUGGGGGAUGAUGGGCUACCCGCGCACCGCUAGUGACCUCGGGACAAUGGCGCUGGGGUGGGAGGAUGAUGUAAUAGCUGCUGCUCAUGGACACUGACAGAUGAGCAAAGUGAGUGAAAACAAUAAACAAUUUCUUAAGGGUUUUUAAAAGGUCGGGGAAAGUUCACUGGCUCCAGAUCAAACGCUUGAUAUUUGGGCUAAUGGGAGAACUUGCGCAGAUUAGCCCUGAGCUAAAGCAAAUGUAUGAUAUGACAAAUUAUUUCCAACACUGUAGACAAAUUAAACACAAACAAGACGGCAGCUCUCGCUCACCAGCAUGGGACUACUAUCCAGCUACUAGAAAAAACAUGCAGACAGAACCCAAAUCAAAAGAAGACGUACGAUCGGAGAGUGGACCCUCUGGAGACAAUGAAGGGGUGAGUUCACGCAUGGUGAGGACGGAGACGGCUGAGCAGUGAUGGACCUUUCCAGAGCUUACAAGGUCGAGCAUUGAUUUCUCUGAAUGUGGAAGUACUGUUGAAGAAGUGGGACAAACAUUUCGAGCCGGCACUGUAAUUCUCCAGAGCUUUUGAAAGAUAAAUAUCAGCUGCCAAAACUCAAAGAAGACUUCUUUCAUGGUCGUGUCUUAUUCCAUCCAGCUGAUUCAUCUGGUCUUGCAUGAUCGACAGUGAAACAAAAUGGUAAACAAAUGUUAUUCCCUGUCAAAGGAAGGAUGCUCUUUUCCCUUGUCGACCUCUGAGUGGAAACAGCUGUAUUGACCUCUGACUGCUUGAAUUUAACAUCGUGGAUUAUUGAUUACGUGGAAGGAUGGGAAAACAUCUCGGAAGCCGCUCUCACCCCGCGUACUUCAAAACAGCUUGACUUUGUAUAUAGGAAUAUGUAUUUUUUUCUUCUUGUCAACCUCUGGGGGAAACAACUUCAUGCCCAAGCCAAAACGAAUCUCGAAGGCAAACCCUGCUGUAAAAUUCUGCAUUGUUGUGAUUUGUGUCAAGAGCGGCUUUGAAACUGUGUUUGCGGAAUCCGUCGCGGAUAUGUUAUACGUCACUGCAGCCUGGUCCCUGUGCUAGAGAUGCAGCUAUGAAGAGCCCAUUUCUUCUUGUAAAGUGUUGUGUUUUGACAGUGUAAUAUUUCAGAGUUUAUCGUUGGUUGAGGCAGCAUGUGGUUGAAAAAUGCCUAAAUCUCACAGACGACAGGAAAAUGUAUCACUUUGUCACGGGGGAGAAGGGGAAGAAGAGAAACACGGGGAAGAAGUGCAGAGCUGGAGUACUCGUCAUAUCUAAUGAGAGCACAGCACAGAGAAGACAAAGUUUGAGUGGGCUGCAGGAUUGCAGGUGCACAGAAGAGAUGGAGAUGUGUGGCUUAGAGAGCGAUACGCCGAAAACACAAAUAUAAUCUAUUUUUAUUGCAUUUUAUUCUCAAAAUAAUUAUAUAAUUAGUUUUCUCAUUACAAUAUAACUACAAUGAUGGUUGGCCAAAAAUGACUGAGACCAGCUGUUUGUGUAUCUGAAGCUCUGACCUCUCACCACUCACCUGAAUUUACACAUUUUAAUCACAAUUUAAUCAAAGAACUUAUCAUUUUACUAUUGUUGCAUCAUGUAUGUUUGGUUGAUUUCAGCUUGUUAUUACACAAAAUACAAAAUCAAUGUCUAGAUUGACUUGAAUGACUCUUGUACUUUUGUGAAGUACAUAGUCUUUGGACUUAUUGUGCUGCUUAUUGACCCACCACACCUACCUGUGCAUUGUGGAACCUUUACUCCUAUGUUGGAAUUACAUGAACCCACCCCAAGUCGUUUUUUAAUGUGCCAGUUGGAUAACUUCAGUGUUUACCAUUAACUAUCUAGAUUGUGGUGGGCCUCCAUGUUGUAGUUUGUUCUGCCACAUUUUUAUAAUGAACCACUAAAAGAAUCAUAAUACCAUAAGAGAUUUCUACUGUCGGACACUAUCGUCCAUAAAGUUUUUACCGACCAAC